AUGGACAGCCGAAUACCGCCAGCGUACACUGGUCAAAUGGACAUGUCAAUGCCAGGAAUGCCGGACGGACAACCAACUGAUUGGAGUACAAAUGGAGGAACGAAUGAAUGGAAUUCGGGGAAUACGGAUGGAACGGAUUGGAAUAAUCAAGGAUCAACAGGACAAGUUGGAGAAGGAGAUGGAGGAAAUGAUCAGUGGAAUAAUAUGAAUGGGAAUAUGAAUGGGAAUAUGAAUGGGAAUGGAAAUGGACAUGAAAAUGGAAAUGGAAUGCCUCCAGUUUUCCCCAACAAUGGCAUGAUGCAAAAGUCGAUGCCUUUACAGGUAGCUUUUCCAGCAUCUCCAAAUGAGAAAGAUUGGGUGAUGACAGCUGGGAAUGAGUCACAAGUUGACAACGUUUUAGCUAUCUCGUUAAACUAUGGCGGUCGCCUUGUUUCUAUGGGUUAUUUCUUGAUUGGAAGCACUGUUCACUAUUAUGCAAUUAUGCAUAAAUACACUGGUCCAGUUUUCAUCAAACCUGGUCCGAUGUCUUUUAAUGAAUUAGUGAAAGCUGUCAGAGAAAAUGAACUCCGAGAUCUUGCGUUGACACAAGUUUGUGGACAAGAAGAGGAAAAAGGCGAAAUCACAUUCAGUACAUAUUGGGAGAGGAUACCAGGAGUCGAGUUUCAAAUCUGGUUCCCGGGAACACAAUACGCGGAUGAGCAACGGAAACAUUUUGAGAAAGAGGGAUAUCGACUCACUCAUUUGUGUGGAUACUCGGCUGAUGGACGGGGAAAAUAUGUUGGUGUUUGGCAGAAACCGACUCUCAACAAUCUUCAAUACGAGGCUCAUUAUGGAUUGUCGUUGGAUAAUAUGAUGAGAAAAGAUCGAGAACUCGCUGAGAGGGGCUAUACAGCGACAUCAGUUCGAUGCUUUAACAAUAAGCAACAGAUCUUAUGCACAGGAAUCUGGGAAUACAGACCCGGUCAAAAGUCAACGGUUCUCGUCGGUUCAGAUCUCAAACAAAUGCAUCAAAAGUUCAAAUCAAAUUCAAAGAUUUUGCCAAGACAAAUCAGCCAUAUUAAAGAUGGUUUCGGGAAUGUUCGUUUCGUCGUUUUAUGGAGCGAUGUUCACUCGAAUCGAUAUCCAAAUCCGUCAGGGCUUUGGAAUGCGACAAACCCUAUUCCUGUUCGUUUUCUAAAAGGUGCUCCGGAUUUGUUGUCUUCUUCACAACUUGAUUUUAUCGUUCGUCGAGUUGAGCAUUUUAUGAAAGAUCUCAACAUUCCCGGGCUUUCAAUUGCGAUUUCAAAAAAAGAACAGCUCAAGUUUGCUGCUGGUUUUGGAUAUGCUGAUAUUCGAGCGAAAGAACCAGUAACACCAAAUCAUCAAUUUCGAAUUGGAUCUGUUUCGAAACCGAUCACUGCUGCAGCUGUGAUGGUGUUGGUUGAUGAGGGAAAGCUCGAAUUGGAUCAUCCUGUUUGGGGAAGGAAUGGAUAUCUUGGUAUGGAGUUUGCAUCGAAGAAGUCGUAUCGACGCUGGGUGAGUGAUGUGACAGUCAGACAUCUACUCGAGCACACCGCAGGUGGUUGGGACAAUUUGGCAUCAGAUGCUGCUUGGAUUCAACCCGAGAUGAGCACAAAGGAGUUAAUCACACACGUUUUAGAAAACGUUCCAUUAAAUGAAAGACCUGGGCACACUUGGAUCUACUCGAAUUUUGGAUAUCAAGUUCUUGGGCAUUUGAUCGAGCGAAUGAGCGGGCAACCGUAUGAAAAUUUCGUCAAGAAAAGCGUUUUCGCGCCAGCUGACGUGCACGAGAUUCAAGUGGCGAGGCCGACCAUAUCGGAAAGAGCACCUCGAGAAGUGAUGUACUACAUGUCGGGGACGGGAAUUGGGUUCAACCCGUACGAGAUGUUGCCACCAGAAAGGAUUGGACCAUGGGGUGGAUGGAUUGCGAGCCCAAUACAAUUACUUAUGUUCAUGAGCGCUGUGGAUGGAGCUGAUGGAAGAGAGGACAUUUUGAGUGAAGAAUCAGUGAAAGAAUGGAUUAAGCCGACAUUGGCUAGCAAUGAUACAUACGGUCUUGGAUGGUCAUUGAAUAUCAUGGGAUUUAACGGAUUGCAACAUGAUGGAAGAAUGCCGGGAAGUGCCUCAAUGUUGGUAAGAUUAAACAAUGGAUUGGCAAUGGCUGUCACUGUGAAUAAGGAAUACUCGGAACGGGAUUUCUUCCACGAGUUGGGCUAUGUGCUUCACCAUAUCGGAAACAAUUGUGAUUGGUGGGAUGAGACGAAGAACGAUCUCUUCCAGAAAAGAAUUCGAUAU